AUGCGUAAAUGGCGUGAGGGGGACGGUCACGCGGGGCGCUGCCUCUCCAAGACGAGGACCCCGGACCCCGCACCACGGGAUGGCUGGGAAGAAGACGCGUUCUGGUCAUGGUCCCUGCCUUCCUUCCCUCCGGAGAAGGUUCCCGCGCUCCCCUGGCCGCCCUCGCAGCCGUGUGGCCCCCCCAGCCCGCAGCAGCGGCACGCGCUGCUGGUGGGCUGCGCCGCCGCACCGCAAAGGCCUCUCGAAGGGGCGGGCGCUCGCACGCCGCUGAGCUCCAGGUCCAGGCCCUACGUCCCGUGGAUCCCCCUGGGCGCCUCCGCUCCCGAGCCUAAGGAUAGUGCCAGGCCCGUGGGUGUUGACGCCAAGGGCGAGGGCGGCAAGGUGGAGGCGCAGAGUCAGUCCAGGCCAGAGGGCCAGACCACCGUCAUGCUGCGCGGCCUUCCUGGCAGCUAUAGUCGCGAGCAGCUGGUUCGGUUGCUCGAUGCCCGUGGUUAUUCUGGUCUGUUCAACUUCGUUUACCUUCCCGUGAAUUUCGAGUCUUCGCAGGCCGCAGGUUAUGCGUUCAUUAACUGGACGAGGGCGGAUAUCGCAGAGAGUUUCAAGGAGUCCUUCGAGGGCUUGACCUGUCACCCAUUCUCGUCGUCACGGCCAUGCAGCGCGAGCUGGAGCCGAGUACAGGGGCUCAGCGCGAACGUCAAGCAGUACCGCAAUAGCCCUGUCAUGCACGAGCAGGUACCGGAUGAAUACAAACCGGUGCUCCUCUGGAAUGGGCUGCGGCGCGCAUUUCCAGGGCCCACAACGACGCUGAAGGAGCUCAAGAAACCCAGGAGGACGCCCUGUAGCGAGUGUUGUCCUGAGGGUCCCGCAGGGCAACCAUUGUACCUCGCCGAUGCGUGA